AGCAAUAACGUCCACAGGGGAACGUUUCGCAGAAAAUUUUCACAGUCCAAUUUGUGAAAUGAUUUUAUUAGGUUAAAACGUAUUAUGCAAUCCUCUUUCAACUCUUUUGUCAUUCGACAUGACUCCUUCAACUGAAGACACUACUAAUGAGCGUACUCCACUCAUUAAUCAAGCAACAGCUACUCAACGAGAAAGUUUAAAGCGAACGUACCAUGUCUAUGGAAUCACCUUGGGUUUCUUGUUUUUCUUUUCCUUCUUUGUUCACUGGUACCGAUCCACACUACCCACACCACUUUCAGACGUUCAAGCAAACAAUGCUGAUGAUUUUGCUGGUAUACAUGCCUAUAAUGAAUAUUUGAGUCAUUUUACUGCUCCUCACUCUGGAAAUACUCGAGAAAAUGGCGUGAUGCGGGACUGGAUUGGCUCCGUUGCUCUUGAAUUUCAAAAGGAGGCUACUAAACUUGGCUUGAAAAUGGAUGUCAUCGCAAAUGAUACUUCAAGAGAUAUCAUUUCAAGUAACUGGUUUACUGAGAACGAGCACUGGUUUAUUGAGUCGCGUAAUGUCAUCGUUAGGUUGCACGGACAGUCUGGAAGAGAUGAGGCACUCAUGGUUAACGCACACUAUGAUAGUGUACCUACUAGUCACGGCGUCACUGACAAUGGUAUGGGUGUUGCUACCACAUUAGAGCUCAUCCGAUACUUCAUUCACCACCCUCCUCAACAUACCAUUAUCUUUCUCUUUAAUAACCUGGAAGAAGGAGGUUUGAUUGGUGCUCAAUCUUUUAUCAGACAUCCUUGGUACUCAUCUGUUAAACUGUUUGUUAAUCUUGAGGGCGCUGGUGCUGGAGGACGUGCUGUUCUAUUCCGUUGCUCAAACCUGAAUGCUGUUAAAAAGCUAGCUAGUUCAAAGGUCAGUUUACUGCAUGCAUCUCCUGCCGGUAACGAUAUGCUCAAGGCAAAUCUAAUCAAAAGUGAUACGGACUAUUCCAUAUUCACCAAGGAAGGCACACCUGGAUUGGACAUUGCCUUUUAUGCACCUCGUUCACAUUAUCAUACUCCUCGUGAUGACUUGGCCCAUACAACGCCUGGAGCGCUUCAACACAUGGGUCAAUUAGCAUUAGGUGCUGUUCGUGCUAUUGCCAACAGCGAUGAUAUGUUGAAUACACCAUCUGAAAAUCAAAGCUUUGUUUACUUUGAUAUACUAGGCCGCUUCAUGUUCGCUUACAGUCUUACCACACUUCAAAUUAUAAAUGGACUUAUUCUCUUUCUUGUACCUGCCCUGGGCGUCUAUCUCUCGAUUUCUUCCAAAAGAGAGAACGAAUCCUUUGUGGCUGUGAUGAAAGAGCAGACCUAUCUUGCUGCUCAGGGACUUGCUGCUUGCUUACUUGCUUUUGCUUUUUCUGUCAUCUUUAUUGGUGUCGCUUCUUACUUAUUAUGUUUUAUCAAUCCUCUCAUGACGUACGGUGAUGUUUACGGCGCAGCACUCUAUAUUUUCUUCACCGCCUUCCUUGGUCUACAGGUUUCCCAAUUAGUUCUGCCUGCCAAGAUGAAACAUACUCUGGCUACUACGGAUGCUAGCUGGUAUGGCCUAGUUGCCUUUUGGUGGAUCUUUUUAGUUGUUGCCAUAUUUGCUGCAAGUAAGAGUGUUGUAAGUCUAUACUUUGUGGUCUUCCUUGUGUUCUUUACAACAGUUGCUGCUGUGAUUCAAGUCAUUCUCCCCCAAAACAAAAAGUUCCGUUCUCCCGUGAUUUUCUUUACUCAGAUCUUGCUUCCUUUUGUGUUUUUGCUAGAAUUAGAAUUCAUGUCGAUGGAUGCUAUGCGUCAUGCUACGGUAGACGGCACACCAGAGAUUGCAGUAUAUAUUCUUAUCUCGCUCCCCAUCAUUCUUAUUAUCAUGCAUUUUGUACCUUGGGUGUAUGUAGCCGGCAAUAACCGCAGGACGACCAUUAUUGCUGCUGCUGUCUUUUUAUUCUUAUUCACCAUUUGCUCUGCUCUUGAUCCUUUCAAUGGCGGAUGGUCACCCAACAAGCUUGUGUUUAAACAAGAGUACAACGCAGGUGAGGUUUUUGCAAUGGUUAACAUUACCACGGCCACAGGUAUCCCGGCCAUUCUGAAGCAAGCUCUUCCUCGUCAUGAAUAUGAAACCAUCAACUGUGCUACGUCCAAUACAUUGACAACAUGCAGGUACCAAACAAAACUUGUACCCAAAUAUGCAAGCAACGAGACAUUGAAUGAAUUUGCCCUAUACGACGUUCAAAAGACAUGCCACGACGAGUUGUGUCAAGUGACAGGCGCGUACAGAGCCAAGAACUCUUUGAUGUGCCGCGUGUUAUUUGACCGCAUCUUAGAACACGCCUGGAUAGACAACAUGAAAGUACAGCAUAAAAAGAUUGAUGCCUUGAUCGUCUAUGUCAACCAGUAUGAGCAGCGUGUCCAGUUUGGCUAUGAAUAUAACAAAAAUAACGUGAAACCCAAUGUCACAUUCAGUUGCUUCUAUGACGAAUGGACACAACAAGAAAUCCCGGCCUUUACAACCCUUCGUGACAGUUUACCUGAAGAGGCUUUAUUACUUAUCAGAGGUCAAGGCUUAGUUAUUUCUCAUUUUGAUAAAAUCAGUUUGUAACAACAAUUAAAUAAAAACAAGUGUUUUUAUUUAUCAAUAAUCGAUACAAUUAGCACAUAUACAUAUGAUACGAU